GGCCAGUAACAACCCAAAUCACGUAACUGUACUCUUGGCUAUUCCAAAGGGAUUCUUUUCAUCCAGACAUUUUUUUUUAUUUCUAGUACGCAAAAAUAAUGUGCAUAUAUGUCGAUGUAGGUGUUGUGUACCUGCUAAUUAUUAACGCAAGCCCGCCAAACAAGAGCCACAAAAACCAAAUAUAAAAAAAUCACGAGCAGUCACCGCCAAAGCUACUCUCAAUUCCAGAAUAAAUAUCCCAUAUUAUCUUAUUCACACGAACCAUUCACUGUUCUAUUGUCUCUUCUACGCUGAUAUCUCAUAAAUACCCAGCAUGGUUCCUCCACUACCAAUCUUCUCCCCGUUGCCUAUUGAUCCUUGUUACGCUGCAUACCCAGACGACGAUGCGCGAUACCAACACGAAAACCGCCGCAUAUCAUGGAAAUCGUUGGCGCUUCUGGCCGACAGCACUUUCAAUACAUAUAUUCCAUACGGCUGGGGCUUUACUGUCUACCGAGUACGCUUCGAUGGAGACUCUGAUGAGCGGUUUCAGAGCGCACUUGAUCGGUUUGAUCUAUGGUUGCGUUGUCUAGUGCGAGCUGUCCGCUACGGCGACGACAACGUCCGUGAUAACUUUACUGGGCCGAAUGACUCAACUGACCAAAUAGCCGAACGCCUGUAUAAUCAAGUAUUUGAGUUUGACCCCGCCUCUCUGCCGGACGACACUGUUAUAACAGAACCAGAAGGCGAUGAAGAUUUCUUCCCUGUUGGUGCUGCCUUCUCUGAGUGGGUUGCAAGUCUAGAUGUAGAUUUAGCAGCAUCCCGCGGCAAUGCGCGCUAUCACCAAUGCUUAAUUGUCGAUAAAACAGCUCUUGUAACACUCGAGAAACUACCGGCUGAGGUCCCACCUCUGCAUCACUAUGAGACGAACAACGAGCAUUCUAGGUCCUUGUUUUCCACAUAUAACAAUGCUUGGGUCUGGGUUUUGGAUAGACAGAGUAACGAGAGGCUCGCAGCCGGUGAGAAUGUGGACUUCUCGCCCUGGUUGCGUGUUAGGCUACCAACUAUUGAAGCGCUAUGGUUUGAGAGGCCCAAAGGUAAUCUUUGGAGACUUGACUGGCGUCAGCUUACUCAGGAGGACCGGCACAAGUGGGAGACCGUGGCAUGGUGGCAUCCCCAAGCGUUGAUUAUAAAUGGCGUAACGAGACAGGUUAGAGAAAGCCGGGCCAAAAGGAAGGAUCAAGGAAUCCUUACUUUGUAAUAGAUAAAAGCAAAAAGGAUAAUGGUAUAAAAGAGGACAAAAAAUUAGACAACAUUUUCAUAGCUUUACAAUAUAGUGGAAGUGGUUGCUGGAACCGGUAUGGAUCUAGUUCGCUGUGGAAGCCUACAGUAUCACAGUGCACAGGUUCUGUAGCAACUACAGUUAGACUAAACCUCUAUCAAAAUAGGGGGUAGACUCGGACUCAGUGUGAUUGGGG